AUGUGGAAGUCUGUAGUUGGGCAUGAUGUAUCUGUUUCUGUGGAAACCCAGGGAGAUGACUGGGACACCGACCCUGACUUUGUGAAUGACAUCUCUGAGAAGGAACAACGGUGGGGAGCCAAGACCAUCGAGGGUUCUGGGCGCACAGAACACAUCAACAUCCACCAGCUGAGGAACAAAGUAUCAGAGGAGCAUGAUGUUCUCAAGAAGAAAGAGAUGGAAUCAGCGCCCAAAGCAUCUCAUGGCUAUGGAGGCAAGUUUGGGGUAGAAAGAGACCGUAUGGACAAGAGUGCUGUGGGCCAUGAGUAUGUUGCUGAGGUGGAGAAGCACUCUUCUCAGACGGAUGCUGCCAAAGGCUUUGGGGGCAAAUAUGGAGUUGAGAAAGACAGGGCUGACAAGUCAGCAGUUGGCUUUGAUUACAAAGGAGAAGUGGAGAAACACACAUCACAAAAAGAUUACUCCCGUGGCUUUGGUGGCCGUUAUGGGGUGGAGACGGAUAAAAAGGACAAGGCAGCCCUAGGAUAUGACUACAAGGGAGAGACAGAGAAACAUGAGUCCCAAAGAGAUUAUGCCAAAGGCUUUGGUGGACAGUAUGGGAUCCAGAAGGACCGAGUAGAUAAGAGUGCUGUUGGCUUUAAUGAAAUGGAGGCCCCAACCACAGCUUAUAAGAAAACGACACCCGUAGAGGCUGCUUCAAGUGGUGCCCGUGGGCUAAAGGCAAAGUUUGAGUCUAUGGCUGAGGAGAAGAAGAAGCAGGAAGAAGAACAGAAGGCCAAGCAGAUGGCCAGGCAGCAACAGGAGCGAAAACCUGUCGUAAAGAUGAGCCAUGCAGUCACUGCAGAGGAGCCAGCCAUGCCAGCACCACCAACUAGGAAAAUCUCUUCAGAGGCCUGGCCUCCAGCAGGAAGUUGCCCAUCUUCAGAGCCUAAGACUGUGAGAGCCAACAGAGACCUCCCAGUGCCCUCUCUACCCCUAAGACAGAAUCCCCAGGAGGACAAUGAGGAGCCCCCAGCUCUGCCCCCCAGGACUCUGGAAGGCCUCCAGCUAGAGGAUGAGCCCAUCUAUGAAGCAGAACCAAUGCCUGACCCGGAGCCAGAGCCAGAGCCCGAACCUGAGAAUGACUAUGAGGAUGUUGAGAACAUGGGCACGCAUGAGCAGGCUGCUGAUGCUGAAGGGGACUAUGAGGAUGUUCUUGAGCCCGAGACUCCCCCUGUGUCCACUGCCCUUUCUGGAUCGUCAGGUCACUCGGCUGGGGCUACUGGGAUCUCAGCUGUAGCCUUGUAUGAUUACCAAGGAGAGGGAAGUGAUGAGAUUUCCUUUUAUCCAGAUGACAUCAUCACGGACAUUGAGAAAGUGGAUGAGGGCUGGUGGCAGGGACGCUGCCAUGGUGACUUUGGACUCUUCCCUGCAAAUUAUGUCAAGCUCCUGGAGUGA